AAAAAUGUCUUAACUCAGCAGUGCCGCGCCAUUUUUUUUGUGUUUCUACCAAAGAGCUGUUUAGUGACGGGUUUGAAUCCCUUACCGGUUUGUUUAGAAGACGAUAAAAAGUGUUUAUCAAAAUGGGACGAAAGAAGAAGAAGCAGUUGAAACCAUGGUGCUGGUACUGCAACAGAGAUUUUGACGAUGAGAAGAUUCUCAUUCAGCACCAGAAAGCUAAACACUUCAAAUGUCACAUAUGUCACAAGAAGCUGUACACUGGACCCGGAUUAGCCAUACAUUGCAUGCAGGUACACAAAGAUACAAUUGAUGGGGUUCCUAACGCAAUUCCGGGAAGAACAGAUAUAGAACUGGAAAUAUAUGGCAUGGAAGGUAUUCCAGAAAAAGACAUACAAGACCGGAGAAGAGUUCUUGAACAGAAAUCACAAGAGAGUCAGAAAAAGAAACAGAAUCAAGAUGAUUCUGAUGAAGAUGACGACGAUGAUGAGGACGAAGCUGGACCUUCAUCAUUUCAGCAGCCUACUGCUCAACCUCAGGCUGCCUACAUGGCUCCAAUGACUCAGACAGGCAUCCAUCUUGGACCUCAGGCUCAGGGCAUGCCGUCUGCUGGUUAUACAGGCAUGCCACCCAUGUUGACUGGUGUCCCACCAAUGAUUCCAGGAAUGCCCCCAGUAAUGCCAGUUAUGCCACCAGGCAUGAUGCCAAUGAGAGGGAUGAUGCCCCCUGGCCCAGCAAUGCCUCCAAUGAUGCCUGGUAUGCUACCAGGAAUGCCACAUCAUGUUGGCAGACCUGGCAUGCCUUCUAUGGCACCUGCAGCCCCCGUCACAGUUCCUGGACUGGCCAGCAGACCAGCUGUGCCCAUCACACAGUCUGCUGCAUCCAAACCACUCUUCCCCAGCGCUGUGCAGGCGCAGCAGACAGUAUCAGGACCAUCAUCAACCAGCUCUGAUUCUCCCAAGGUGACAUUCCCAGCCUACACCCAGCCUCCUUCCACUUCCUCUGUGGUGCCUGCCUCCUCCAGCACUGUGGCCAAGCCCCCUGCCACAGUCACAAGUAAGCCAGCCACCCUCACCACCUUGAGUGCUACCAGUAAGUUGAUGCACCCUGAUGAGGAUAUCUCGCUGGAAGAGAGACGAGCUCAGCUGCCUAGGUAUCAGAGGCUAAUCCCUCGUCCUGGGCAGACUGCAGCCACGGCUGCCUCAGCUCCCCCUAGUGGAGCAGUGGGAGGAAUGAUGCCUCCUCAGCAGCCUGGAAUGAGACAUCCCAUACAUGGUCAGUAUGGUGGUCCUCCUCAAGCCAUGUCUGGUUUUAUGGCAGUUGGCAUGCCUCCUUAUGGACAGAAUGCACCAAUGGUGCCCUCAUACCAAGCUGGCCCAGUUGGGCCUCCCAUGGGCAUAAGGCCAUCUGUAAUGUCUCCAGGUAGCCGAUACUGAAGCAGCGCUGUCAUCCCAUUAGGUUUGGUUAAACGUUUUCUCAUCUUGUGCUUAAUAGUACCCAAACUCACUGCUGAAGGAAAAACUUUAUACUGGACAUUUGAGAUAUGUAAUAUCACAAACGUUUUGGAUUAAGUCCUUAAAUAAAAAGAUGACCAUAACAACAGUAUCAAUGUUACAUUUGAUACAUGUGUUGCUUUUCUUCCGAUUGUGUUUCAUUCAGGUAUAUUAGUCAAAGGUUCGUAAUAUAUUGAAGCUGCUGGCCUAACAAUAUCUCCAUAUUCAAGGCAAGUUUCAAUGCUUUCAUCUUAGUUAUGAAGCCCUCACAGCACCGUACCGUGCUGUUGGACUAUAUGUCCCCAACAACAGCUUGGUGAGGGCUUCAAAUCAUUCUUUUGCAUCCAUUUAAUCAUUCUUUGUACAGCACAAGGGUAAACAUGUCUCUGUAUUUUCUGUUUGUUUGUUUGAUAAGUUGUAAUAAAACAUCAUUUUGAUUUUC